AAAAUACUUGAUGAUACUGGCUGCUCCUCCGGUGAGGUUCCCAAUAACUGGUGGACUCUCAGCAACAGAUACUCCACAUCUAAACACUUUCGUAGAGGGGAAUUGGUAUGUGCCCAAGCUUUAUCGUAUCUGUCCGUAGGAUCACUUAUUUUAAGAUCUCUCAACAUAUAAACCCGCCUAGAUUCAGCCUCUCCUUUAAAUUCCAAAACAUUCCUUCCCAGUGGCAGAACCUCCCAAUAACUCUUCUCAAGUGAUCAAAUUCAUCAAGCUCUAAAUCAAGACCUUUUCGAGUCAGAAAUCAGAUAUGUUUAGAAAGAACCUUCUUAGUUUAUUUCUAAUCUUUGGGAUCCUGGAAGUUUUUCCAUCAUUGGCGUUGCCUAAUGAAGGAGUUACUCGGCCCCUUCUAAUCAAGGAAGAGAGUUCCACUGGCAAAGCAGCUGGUCAGAAAGCUCAAUCGGCCGGGGAAGCUGACUCGAAUAAAGCUCAGAGGGCGGCUAAAUCAGGUGAAAAAGAAAACAAAGAUAAAUCAACUGGAGGAUCAGGCAGAGGAAGUACUCGCUUCUGGCCAUCUGUGGAAUAUUAGAUGAUCACAACACUUUGAGUUAAUUUUCAUCAUAGCAAUCAUAAUGAUUUAAAUUGUUUCAAUUCUGUUCUCCUAUGCACACAUCCCUCAUUACACUCUACUCUCUCGUGAAGAUUAAGACUGUAGUUCAACUGGACUAUUGUCAUUAGGAAUAUUUUUUCACAAUCUCACAUCACAAUUGCAGACUUGUUUCCCUGUCUCAGUAGCUCCUAUCUUUGACUCAAUCUCCAAAUAUGACUUUUAAAUUUUCCAUAACUUCUGUGGUUUGGCAUUUUAUGACAACAAAAUCUUGCCACACCUGUAGUGUCUUUGAUCCUGAUUAGUAGAUAAAUUGACUCAAAUCAAUAUAUUCUAACUGUGAAACCUCAUUGUACAACUUGGUGAAGAUUUUUGUUCAAUAUCAGUUUUAACAGAUGUUUCUUUUCCACAUUUUGACCAAGAUUGUACAUAUUCUAUUUAAAAUAAAGUAUGAUCAAUUGAGGUUCUCCACUUUUCCCUUUCUUGAUCCAGUCCAGCAGAGAGAUCUACCAUCAUUCCAACAUGAGCACACACAUAAUCUCAUGCAUAAGGAUCCUUUUGCAAGAUUUUG